AUGAAGAAGCUUUUUACAUUCUGGAAAAGGAAGAAUGAGCCCCACAGCUCCUCCUCACACCGGUCUGUAGGCCGGGCCAGUACUGGUCCGCCCACCUACCUGGGCUACAACCUCCGGGAUAAGGAUUUAAAGAAACUUCAUAAAGCUGCCGCAGUCGGGGACUUGGAGAAGGUGAAGAAGUAUCUCCAAAAACAUGAUGUCAACAUUCGGGACAGAGAACACAGAACACCUUUGCACCUGGCCUGUGCUUAUGGAUAUUCGAAUGUUGUAUCUCUCUUAAUUGAGAAACAAUGCAAAAUAAAUGUCUGGGAUAGUGAAAACAGAUCUCCAUUGACUAAGGCAGUCCAGUGUGAAAAGGAGAGCUGUGCUACCCUUCUCCUAGACCAAGGCGCAGACCCGGACCUGGUGGACCUAGAUGGCAACACUGCUCUUCACUACGCUGUCUGUGGUCACAGCACCUCCUUAGUCAGAAUACUGCUUCAGCACAAAGCUAAUCUUGAAGCUCAAAAUAAGGAUGGGUACACUCCACUUUUACUUGCCAUUGCUGAAAAUAAAGCAGAAAUGGUAGAAUUUCUUCUGAAGAGAGGGGCAGAUGUGAAUGCUUCAGAUAACAAUCAGAGAACAGCCCUUAUGAUUGCUCUAAGUGAGGAACCAACGAGUUUAGUCAGUCUUCUUCUUCAGCAAGAAGUGGACCUAUCUUGCCGAGAUAUUUAUGGAUUCACAGCUGAGGAAUAUGCUUCUUUUAAUGGUUUUACUAUGUAAGUGAUACCGCAUCUCUUUU